GCGGCUCAGGCAGCGCGGCGAUCGGCGGUGCGCUGUGUCCUUCGAUCCACACCGAUCCACGGAAAGAGCCGAAGAUGUCGGCUCGGUCAUGUGAUCAGCUGUGUCCAAUCACUGCUGAUCACAUGGGACAUGUACACGGAUCAUCAGAGCACUGAUGAUCAGUGUGCCCUGAUGAUUAGUGUGGCCCCAGAAGUGCCAGCUGUGCAGUGUGCUGAACAGUGCCACCUGCCAGUGCCCAUCAGUGCCUACCAGUGCACAUCAAUGCCACAUAUCAGUGCCCAUCUGAGCUGCAUUUUAGUGUCACCCAUGAGUGCCAAACAGUGCCAGCUAUCAGUGCUGCCAGUCAGUGCCCGCAUACCAGUGCCCAUCAGUGAUGCCUGUCAAUGCCCAUCAGUGUCACCUACCAGU